CGCCCGUCCGGGGAAUCGGGCCGCCGAUUCGCGAGAUCGCGUUCCGCCUUCGUUUCGGUCUUCAUCGUCCACCCCGACAGGGGCCACAAACGCGGAUUGUUUCGCCGACCGGAAAUAAACGCCACGAUGCUGGCCGCGGUUUAGGAAACCCGUCCCUCGCGGGAGUGGAGCUCACGAAAACACGUGUGUACGAGACGCUGUGGGAUGGUUGUAUAUGCCAGCCGGGGAUUGCGUACCGGUCUCGCUGGCGUCACUGAUGGGUAAAAGUGUCCUCGCCGUGGGAGGAGUGACGAUAUAUAGAAAUCGAGGACGCGCUAUUACAACGACGGAUUCUAUAUGAGACAAUCCCACGAUCCCGUCAAUCCUUGAUGUCUCCGUCGUGAGCCUUCGGCAGCUGCUCGCUCUACGCGCGAGAACGCGGUCCUACGGGACUCGGGAUCGACGCACCGACGUGGUGUGAACGAGGGAACAGGCGGAUAAAGAUAAGGUUAAGGACGAUGGGAGUGCCGGACGUGGAGCAGGCCAAGAAGCGACUCCAGGACAUACUGAGGCGAGCGCAGAAGCUUGAGAUACCGACGCAGGAGGUGAUCUCGACGAGAACGGCGCGUAAACUGCUCGCUAGAACGCGCAAUGUCCUGGCGUGGACUAUCUGGAUCGGAGUGUUCGUCGUCCUGCUCAGUGGCGUUGUCUACGCUCGUUGGCCUACACGACAGGACGUGGAGACCGUCAGGACCGUGUUGAGGCGAACAUGUUCAGGUGCAGCCUCGGGCGACUUUUCGGAACGGGUGGCAGCGCUUCUACAAUCAUCUUCGACUCAAGACGACUGCUAGUAGUGCGCUCUAUCAUACGAGUAGACGGAAUCCUUUCUUCCCCGGUCCAGCAUGUCGACGGAAGGAAGAAAAAGGAGAGGUAUCAUCCGAAGGGAGAUAUAAUCCGACGCGUGCGGCGCGUUCUAAAUGAUUUCUGUCGAGCUAAUCUGUAAGCUUUAAAAAAACGUUCCGGGGCAGCGUCUGUACUUUAGGCAUAAGGCUCACUCUCUUUUUUGCGCGGACGAUGCUGCGGCACGACAGUGGAACGUAUGGAAGUGUUGCAGAGACAAAAAUUGUCAGAGCCAAACGCGAUUUUCGCGAGACUUCGCGUGAAACGAAGUGAUCCCUCUCGAGAUUCUUCACUUUGUAUUAUUUCCGUGAAAAAAUUGUUCUAAUCAUCGAUAUUACUUGCACAGCAAAAUUAUUGAGUGUAAAAAAAAGUAAAUUCUUUAUUUUUACAGAAAUGUUAACACGUCUAAUCUUAGACCAGCAUGAUUAAAUAUACGAUCAGUUUUACAAUUUAGAUGUUGAAAAUCAAUACUUAACUCAAUUUGAAAAUAGAUAUUGUUUACUCUUCUUGAUUUUAAUUAGAAAAAAAUCAUAAGUUGAUUUAAAAAUCUGUAGGCGUUUAACAUAUAAUUGGCAACUCAUACUCCGUCACUUCAGAAAAAAAAAAUAAAGUAGUAAUCACGCAUUACAAAUGCAAACAAAUUUCGCGGAAAUUCCCUCGUAAUAGAAUUCUACGUAGCCCGUGACAUAGCUAACACUCGUAUCCAUGUAUCUACAGCGUGGGGUAACAAGGUCCGCGAGUGAGAGGUGCGCGAGGAUAAUGUCCGGUCAGAGUUUUCCGCCGUCGGAAAACCGACGGGUGCGUGAAUAGUGUGCACGUGUUUGUCCGCAUGUGUAUACGCGGAGAGGUCGGGAAACGUGAGAGAUAGUUUCGAACGAGCACGCCCGCGCCGGGUGGGUGUCGGAAUGGCGGUGUGAUCUUCCUAGUGAGGGCGCAGGCGUUAAAUUUCCAGAUAGCCUCGGCAAAUAAGUGCCGCGUAGAUAAGCGCGGAAAAACCAUGCCAACCUGGGGGGGUUAGGGAAACGCGGGUUAGGUAAACGUUAGGGGGAAGGGGGUACUUACGGAUACUGGAAAAAAGCGCAAAGAGAGCCACGCCGUAGAAAACGGGCGCGAUAAUGGCGCAGAAAUGGUGUCGGCAUACGUAUAGCGAACGAAAGAAGAGAGCAACGCCGAAAUUGCGAGUCACCUAUAUGAGAGAGGGAACUCUCCAGAAUUAGGAUCGUAUCCAGGAAAAAUCGGUACGUGAUAAUUCAAGAAGUUAUCAUCUCGGAAAGACAAAGAUUAUUAUAAGUAUAAGCAGUGUUAAAUUGAAAAACUUAUAUAAUAAAUAAUAGAU